AUGCGAGACCGAAACCUCGUGGGUGGACCUGUUGUCGCGGCGACGAAGAAGAGGAAGAAGAAAAAGAGACACCUGGAGUCGGCUCGGUACAAGCGUAACUCGGAUCGUUGGUGGCUGUGGAUGAGAGCAGGUGUACAAAGGAAGAGCGGCCACGACGGAUACGCAGGAGGGGGAGGUGGAAACAACGAGGAAGAUUCGUCCAGGCAAGAUCCAUCAUCGGCAAGAUCGGCCUACGACCAGCUGGACUGGACGGCCUCGCGAGUUUUCGUGGUAAGGCCGUGGGUUGUGGGGGCCACCACGGGGGCGGGGGUGGGUUUGCCCCUGCUUCUUCUCGUCGUCGCUGUUCUUGGCAAUCAAACGUGCACGACGACGGCUGCGCCGGUGGUGUCCGAUCCGUACGUGUCCCUCGAUGCUACGCCUCCUCGUCUUCUGCCUCGUUCAACGGACCGUUCAUCGUCGUAUUUGUCUUCCUCCUGGAGAACGAGGACUCGAUUUUCCAAUCACCAACCGGAAAAUCUCUCCAGGCGAAAGCGUUCUUCGAAAGGAGGACUGGAUUACCACGAAGUAUCGUCGUCGCUAAUAGCUGAACAAGACGGGGUUCGGUUGCGCUCUCCCGAGAAACCAACGACAAUCGAUACCAUCGGAAGAAAGGAUCCUUUUUCCCCUGUAUUGGCGGGCAGAAGAGGAGGCGGGAGAGGAGGAAGAGGAAGAGGAGGUCUGGCUCACGAGAGGACCAAGUCGGGACGACGGCACGUUGUAAGCUUACUGGGCGAUCAAGGAUCGACACCUUUAGGCCUCGUUGAACCGUCCUGGUUGCCGACGAAAUUUUCCCGGUUCCGUCACGUGGAACCUUCGUCGACCCUUAUUGAGAAAAUCAAACCAGAACAUCGCCGGGGUACCAUCUCGGACCUCGAGGACUAUAUCAGUGAUAAAUUGCCGACAGAGGACCGCUCGACAAUCACGGCGACGACGACGGUGACUACGGUGCCGAUCGCAUGGACCACCAUACCGUUUCGUUUGGUUCAUCGAACCGUGCCACGGUUACCGGACGACGAUAGUGCGGCGGUUCAAUUCGCGACCGGAAGACGUAACAGGAAAGCGAAAGACGAACGGGGAGGAGGAGUUGUGGGUGUCUCGUCUCGUAAGGACGUGUUCGCGGACGGUAGUGGUGAGGUAAAAGGUGGUGGUGGUGGUGUUGUCGAGUGGACCACAACAGUUGCCGGGCCGAUGUCAUCGUGGUCGUAUCCCGAGGAUGAGGAGCCGGGAGCUGGAAGCGUAAGGACACGCCCGAGCCCGGAGGAGGCGGUGAGCGAGGACGGCGACGAGGAGACCGCGGGUGGUGGAGAACAGGUCAAGGUCACCGUAGCACAGGCCAAAGGCUCGUCGUCUACAUCGACCACAGCGAGGACCACGGGUACGUCGCAGACGACGACACAGUUGCCACCGCCGAGUCAAGAUACCUCUAUGGAAGCACUGAGUGCGAGUAGCUACAUAGUGUCAGUGGUGCUCGUCCUGAUUGUUGGAGCACUCGUGGGUGUCCUGGCGACGGUAUCGCAUCAUCUUCACCAUCGUCGACUGCUACACGACGAGCCGGCCUCCGCCUCGAUCUUGGAUCACCAUCGGCAUCAUCAUCACCACCAUCAUCAUCACCGCGAGGAAUUCCCGGCGUCGCACCAACGACGUCUCCUGCUGCAGGACUACCGUCAUCCUGCCACACCGAUGCUGUCGGUGAGCCCAGGAAUGGAGGUAGGCAGCGGUGGUCAUGGCGGCCUCGGUAGCGGAGGGCUAGAGGGUGAUCCGAGCGGUGGCGGCGCCGUGGUGGGCGUCGGGGGCGGUGGCGGCGGCGAAGGAGCCACCGAGGGGGUGCAGGAAGCGAUGGUCGCCGCAGCCAGGGAUCGUGCAAUCCGGGCCGGAAGCGUCCGGCAGGAUCUCGCCCUUGACCUACCUCCGCGGCUCCAGCUUCCGGACGGCGAGGAACGUCCGUACGGAGCGCACACCGCCCUUCACCUGCGCGACCCGGACCAGGAGAGCGAGAUAUACCGGAAGUGCGUUCGACCACCACCGAACAGGACAGUGUUCGACAGCGAGAGUCCCCCGCCGUAUCGAAGCCAGUCGGCGCUGUUGGAAGCCAGUCGGAGCGAAUAGUCCGGUGCCACAGUGCGGGCAGUUCCCUGUUGAGGGUGUUCCGGAAGUUCCCAAGUCCAAGCAGCUCGACGCCGGCGGAGGUCGUGCCGCUGAGAAGACCGACCCUGUCCAGUUAUUCCGAGUCCAGUAGCAAUCUGAGCAACCUGUCCAGUUUGACGGUGGUGCCGUGCGAGGCGGACGAGAGCCAGCAGCAGCAACACCAUCAGCAUCAGCAGUAACAUCAGCAGCAACAUGUCUGAUCCGAGGCACGGCCGAGAAGGAGAGCACUCGAGGCCAGCACCGCAAUCGCGUCGAGGAGGAGCGAGUUCCUCGAGGUCGACGGACGAGCGACGAGCUCGUGGAAGCGGAGACGAGCCGUUCCCAUUGAACCGUUGGAGCGACGGGAACACGCGAAGAUGGACGACGAACGACGACUUUUGGUCGAACCGGAGAAGGACACUGAGAUCUGUGCGCUUGUUCUGCCUUCCUCCUCGAGAAUCCUCGACCCGUCGAGGAUCCCUCAAGACUGACUCGCAGGAGAAACUUCGUUCGGCUAAGCUGACUUUCAGCCUCGUUAACGCACGGACGGGCGCGCUUGGAUGUAAGGUGUGCGCGCGUACGAAGAAUCUCGCUAAAAUAUACACAAUCACGCUCACGCUCGCACUAGCACGUACCGAGAGGAGAGAAUUCGGGGAAUGGUCCUCCUCCUUCAUCAUCGCUAUCUCCCUUCUGUUGCUAUUGUUCCUUCUUCGGACUCCGGUGGAUGGUCCUUCGGCUGGUUUUCGGGAACAGAGAGGAGCAUCCUCGCCCGGAGGCUGAUCGUUGAGCGAUACGGACAGAAGCGUGGAGAGGAGACAAAGAGAGAAAUUCAGAACUGCGUUCGUGGGUCGGUUCUCUUCAGUGGCAAUCUUAAGAGGCCAGUCUCUAGCCUAGAUCUCAGACGAUUCCAAAGCACGAUACCACGACGGUGGUAAUAUGUGAUCGAACGGGACGGUGUGUAACAAAUCCAGGCACUAGGAGAAUCAAAGACGAGUGUGUUCAAUGAAAUAACGAUAAGAAGGGCCUACGAGAUAAACAAAAUCGCGGAGAGGGGGAUUGGAGGAGGCACCAUUCACAAAGCAGUCCGAGAUUGAUGAGUUGAAAACUUUUAAUCCUCUGGGCGAGAGAUCGUACGAUGCAGCAUGCGUCGAUAAUUAAAGCAAGAGUGAUAACGAAGAUGCUGGGACACGGGAAACAGUGAUCGAGAGGAUGUCGAGGAAACAGAGUGUACGCUACCGCCCGUUCGCUGCCAAUCGACAAACAAAACGCAAACACACCGACGGGACGAUCGAAUGAUCACCGAGUAUAUAUGUAUAUGUAUAUGUACAUGUAUAUGUAUAUCGUUUUUUUGGAAGUUUGUUCGCUGCGAAAAAGACUUAGUAAAUUAUUUAUUGGCGAUAAGUUUUGCGGGCCGUGAAAAGGGAAUGAUGUGUCCUUAGGCGCACGACGAAACGCGGAACAGAAGCGAAGAAGAGCGCCACACACACAUACACACACGCUAUAGAAUAAAAUAUGAAUGUAUCCGCGUGCGAAUGAUAUUGCGUCUCGUUUAUAUGUAAGUGUACAUGCGUGAAUGAUGCUUGGUACAAGGUCCAGCUGAAAAAGCGUGGAAGACGGCAAGAUGAAGGGACGGAAGUGAUAGCGAAUACAGAAAAAAAUAGUACUGGGAAGAGAGAUAUCAUUGUGGUAUGCGACACGAGGGGUGAAAAUAAGAGGGACUUUUUGAAUGAACGACGAUGUGUACGAAUGGGAGAGAGUGAGCGAGCGAGCGCGCGACAGAUGAAAAGUAGUGCCAAGAGCGUAAUAAAAAAAGAAACAAGAAGAUGAAAAACUCUGUACAUAUUAGGUUAGGUAGUUCAAUAUCAAUAUAAUUAUUAUGACUAAAAAUGAUAUGCUCUAUAUACUUGAUUAAAAAAGUAAUAAACCUUACACCACGCAUAAACACGAAUUCGACGGGCCGUACGAAAUCGUUCUGGGACGCGCGUAAGCGCUUUUCCGACGCGAGGCCUCCUUGAUAAUUCCAAACGAACAAAAAUGAACGAAAUAUCGUUCCAAGCGUCGCGAUCGAUCGAUCGAUUUUCAAAAUAAAAAGAAUGUUUCAUUAUCUAAAGUGAAAAAACACAUGAAUAUAUAUAUAUAUAUAUCAAUUAGUUUCGGGGGAGGACUGUCUGGUUUUAAUAGAUACUAUAAUAGAAAAUACAGUCUAGAUGGAUUAGGUCGUUUCUACUGAAUAUCUGUUUUUCCCUUCGUCGAAGAAGAACAGACUGCCCUUGCAUGAGAGAGCAAGGGCGGCUCAAUAUUCACGUUUUAGUGAUUGCUAACAAGUCGAAGGUCGAAGUUAGUAAGUGGGACGAUCGAGUCGAAUGAAAGAAAAGAUAGAGAUCGAUCGGUCGAAGCGUCGCGACGCGCGUCUCGCCGUGUUUCGAAUGGCUCGCACGAUGUCUGAUUAUAACGCUACUUUAUUAUUAUUCAGAUAGAUAAGGCUUCAGUUUUCUGAUGAAUAAAAGAAAAAGUAAUAGGACGAGAUCUGCCUUGACGACGAACUGAGAGUCGACGACCGGCUUCGUUUUCCCGUUUUUUCGAAAACAAUCUACAUGCAAAAGAAAAGUGAUCGUUUCCGUUCACGCUGCUGUGGAGAUUCCUGGAGAAGUUAGAGUUUAUGAUAACUCUUUUAGAUUUAGAUAUGCCUACGGUUGUUGGGUAUAUCGUUAGGCGGUACUAUAUUAAUUGGGUGUACCAUCGGGUACACCAUCGAACAGUGUUCCUGAGAACUUUUUUCUCGAAUGAAAAUGAAACGCGGAAAGUUUGGUAAAGGGAAAUGAUAAAUUAUUUUCUAAUGCCCUUGGUACCUGCUAGUACCAAAUAGAUUCUAUCGAUUUGAGCCGGGUCAGCAUCGAAUGCUUCAACAUUUUUUACUCGAUAGCCAUGACAUUGUUAAUUUAAGAUAGGCUUUCGUACGGGAUGCGUGGUACGGAAGCGGAAACUGGGAGAUGGAGAGAGAACUCCUUUGAGGAGUUUGGGAUUAGUGCUUUCCUGAUUGAAAGAGAUUCAAGCGUAAUUUUUUAUAACAGUGAUAUUUUUCCUGACUAAGCGACGAAGGGGACAAAAUGAAAUACGUAAAAUAUUGAGAGAAAAUAGUAUUUUUAUUGAGAAGAAAAAUCGAAUCUUUCAAACGUAGACGUCACGCGUCAGCUACGAUAAUUUCGCUUAUAAAGUACGAUCACCAGAAAGGCCUUCGACACCUCGAUAAAGUACAAUCUUCUUACCAAAUACAAAAAUAUCGAACCUCCACAGCAGUUUCACGGAGCUACAUCCGAUCGUAAAAUUUCCGAUACAUCCGUUAACUCGUUUUCCGUUAAUGCCACGGUCAAUUGAUUUUCCAAGAUGAUUUCUCAAAGAAUCGCGUAACGAGCAUAAAUGGCGGGUAUCGACUUCGGUUCUCGACCUCGGAACAGAGCGAAACUACUGAAAUAUCUCAUGAGAAGUCACCAAUUAUUGUAAUUCUUGAAAAAGAAAACCGUAAACCGACGAAGGGGGUUCAGUCGCAAAUUAAUUUCAGCCAUCCCUUUCGAUGUACGUAACGCGUGAAACACGGAGUCACCUGCUUACGAAAUUAAAAGUAUUCCUAGGAACCCAUCACGACGGAAUCUACUAUUUCCAUUAACGUUCGUUUACAGAAUUCUGUCGAGAUUGAAAGAAUCCCAAUUGACUACGUGCUUUCGCUCGGAGCGUGGGUUGAAAGAAGUACCAUUGAAUAGACACGUUUUUGGCGUCGAAUAUAUGUGUAAAAACUAACCAAUGCCGAUAAAAAAAAAGAGAAAGAAAGUACAGUGCUGUACGAGUAUGCGUGUAAUCGUGUGUUUACACGCGCGUACACGUGUACAGAGAGCACACGCAAGUUGUUUCAUCGAAUAAUACUUGUCCGGGCAGUUCUACACACACGACACUGUGUACGGCGAAUAAGCUCUUUUCAAUCGUUAAUAAUGUGUUCACGCGCAUGCAAUAUUAGGUGAUGAGGAUUAAUCGUAUUUCUCUAUAUGAAGAAAAGAAGAAACGAGAUAGAGAAACAGAGCGAGGUGUUCGAGGAAGAAAGGCAAAGAAAUGUGGGUAACGAACAAUAGGGGAUUAACGAGAGAAAGAGGAUACGGUCCCUUGCGAUUGAAUGAGAGAGCAAUCGACGAGAAGAGACAAAGAUGAUUCGUAUGUGCGUCGUGGGUGCAUGGGUGCAUGAUGGAGCGAGAGAGGGAGAGAGAGAGAGAACGAACGCGCGAAACAGAAUACGAAAGGUAUGACUAAAUGGAAAAGGAAAAAAAAAACGAAAAAAAAUAUGGGUCUUGUGCAAGCCUCGGUUAAAUUAAAGAGAAAAAAGAAACUGUUAUCGACUUAGAUCGAAUUUUUUAAGAGCCGUCGCCGGGACCGGAACAUCUUAUUAGAGGAAAAGAAAAUAAAUGUUCGCGCGAAGUCAUUUGUGAUUUUAAUGUUCCGCGUUCAACGGCGAUGGCCAUUAAUGAAUUUCUUAGCGAGUACGAUUUUUAAUAAAUAAUUCGCGGUGUCUUUUCGACGACGAUUGCGACGCUCUAGCUUUCUUUGGACGAGCCGGUCAGAGCGACGAGAUCAAUCACUAAGUCUUUCUAUCGGUAAUUACGGAACGAGAAGUGGGACGGCUCCCCCUUGGCAAAAUUAAGCAAAUUGUUUGCGUUGUAAAUUUGACACGACAAGUAGACGCUCGAUAGCUAUCCAAUUGAAAUUCCACAACCAUCGAUUAAUAUAAUGUUCAAAAAAAUAUUCGAUGGUCGUGUCGUUCCGAUAAUAUCGGUUAGGAUUAAUUAUACCUUAAUAGAAAAGGAUUUAUUAAUAAAUUGAUUAGCAAAGAUUUGUUUCUUCCUUCUUGAUAGUAUCAAAAUUGAUAUUAUCAAAGACGAGCUUGAUUCGAGCGACUCGAUCACGGAAUCGAUCGGAGUGUCUGAAUUCGUUCCGUUGAUUAAAUAUCGUCGUAGAUCUGACCGCUUUCGGUCCAUCUAGUCAUGCUCAGCCGCGCGUCCCGUCUAAACGAUGAAAUCGAUCGGCCGUUUCAUCAAUUAUUAUCGUCGAUUCCCAACAAGCGGAUCGAUUUCGUAGGCGCGAUUGUGAUUUGAAACGAGGUGUUCCAAAAUUCGCGGUCCAUUCGUGGCCGAAAAAUUUCUACGCGAAACUCGACGUUUGCUAUUGACGAAGUUGUAAUGAUUGUCGUAUUGUCUAUAAGAUUGGUGUGUCUAGUCCUCCACGGCAAUGAGGAUCCGUUUCGAUGUCGUCUCGUUGCUCCAUCCUUAUUCGGGGCAAACAAAUUUUAUUGUUUCGUCGGCUCCUGAUGGAACAACGAGAUCGCCAUACGAUGUUCAGGAGCCCAUCAGCUGUGGUAAUAUAAAUUAUGUUCUCUUUUUCACUUGUUUAUGUUGUUAGACAACUGAAAAAAGUAAAAUACGUUAGGUCAAGAAUACGGGGAAGCGGAAAAAGAAAUGAAUCAAUGCACAGACCCGCAGACUGAUAUGGAUGCAAAUCUAACAAUCAAAAUUUUAGACCGUUUCGUAGUUCCUCGGAGGCACAGUGUUUAACUGAAUGAUCUUCUGGUACCGGUUUCGAUGGGAACGAACGAACGAUCUUGGAAGAAGAUAGAGAGACUCGGGUGCACCGAGAGAAAACGGCAGGGAUGCGUGAGUGAGUGCGUGAGUGGAACGAGAGAAUGGGGGCGAGAGAUUAAAGAAGAAAACAAAAAGACGUGUAUUAACGGGAAUAAAGAACCACUCGACAAACGUAUGUCAUUCGAGUCGAAUUCAAUCAUCGUUUCGUUGUCGUCGUGAUGUACGAGCAGGGGCGAAGAAACAGAGAUGUAAUAAGAAAAUUUGAGCGAGCGAGAAUUCGGACAAACUUUUUUCAAGGUAAUCGAUCGAUGUUGUAGAAACAGUGUCAUUUAAAGUAGUAGAUCGCUUCUACCAAAAAUUAAAGAGAACAAAUUUACAAGUCGUCUCGAGAAAGAGAGAAACGGUUCACGAAAUUCGGAAGUCGCGCGGAGUAAAUGCCCUAAAGUGGUGCAAGAUUCGGAGAAAGAAAAACGCGCGGGUGGGUCCUUUCGACUUUUGCUCGAUCGCGGCUUCUCUUCAUCCAUUUUUCGUCAUUUACUCUCACCCGGUCGUGCAACGAAUCUCGCAUUAUCCUCCGACGUGAUACGCGACUCGCGGCCGAGAUAAAUGGUUUUUUAUACAGUAGAAUUGUACCAAUCAUACCACAUAGGAAAGAAUAA